AUGCCUAGCGACACGCGCCCAACACAUUUUGGCACACAACCUGACCACCUCGUUGACCCUGAACUCUUGCGUCAAUUGAAUGCUAAAAGAGAUGUUCUUGUGAACGCAUAUGACCAAAUCGCUCAAGCGCUUAGAUUUGCUGCAAAAGCCUGUGAUGAAUUCCAAUCUUUAAUCCCAAGGGAUGUUGGUAUUGUUCCCGGAGAUGGUCACAUGAGUGGAUCCGGCCACUCUUUACACCAAUCAAGAAAAUUAAAAAAGUCUCAGAUAAAAGAUCCAAAUGCCCCAAAACGUCCAAAUACGGCAUAUAUUUUGUUUAGCAAUGAAAUUCGCGCUGAGACAAAAGCCGAUAACCCAAAUGCAAACCAAAAAGAAAUUGUAACUCUUAUAGAUAACGGUGAUCAUGGUGCUGCCUCAGCUUCCAAACUUGUUUCUAAUGCACCAAAUGUUUACGUUCCCCAUUUGGGCCCUAUUUCCACAACUUCUGUUGGUGCAAUUCAAGGUGAUGUUAGCACAAUGCCUAUUUCGGUACCACCAUCAGAAACAGAAAACACUGCCUUGUUCGAAUCUUUCAUUGGUGCAUUCCCAACAGGGGAACAGCAAGAUGCGUUUGCUGCGGCAAUAGCAACAUCAGUCGAAGCUAUUUCUGGUUCACCUUCUAUUGCGACAUCUACUUUAAAUAAGCGUACCUCUCCUGAAAUCGAUUCUGCCAAUGUAUCAAAGCAAGUUGAUGAAGCGCCUGCUGCAAAAAGAACACGUGCCUCAAAAAAAGCCAAUGAAGAAGAUGUUUUCAAUCCUCCGGCUGAUGAUCUUGGGACUAACACUGAGCAAAAUGAUCCGGUCACUACAACAAAGAGAACAAGAAACAAGCGAGGAGCUGCCAAUGGCCCUGCAUCAACAUCUCAAUCCAAAACCGCUUCUACCACUACUACUCGUA